AUGGGUCGGAUUCCAUGUUGUGAAAAGGAGAAUGUGAAGAGAGGACAAUGGACUCCUGAAGAAGAUAACAAAUUGGCUUCUUACAUAGCUCAACAUGGUACUCGCAAUUGGCGUCUCAUCCCAAAAAACGCUGGAUUGCAGAGAUGUGGGAAAAGUUGUAGGCUAAGAUGGACGAACUAUUUGCGUCCUGACCUAAAACAUGGACAGUUUACUGAGGCUGAAGAACAUAUCAUUGUCAAGUUUCACUCUGUUCUUGGUAACCGGUGGUCGUUGAUUGCGGCGCAGCUCCCUGGUCGAACAGACAACGAUGUAAAAAACUAUUGGAACACGAAGCUGAAGAAGAAGUUGUCAGGAAUGGGAAUAGAUCCGGUGACUCACAAGCCUUUCUCUCAUCUAAUGGCAGAGAUCACCACUACACUUAACCCUCCUCAGGUCUCUCACCUAGCCGAAGCUGCCCUCGGUUGUUUCAAGGACGAGAUGCUUCACUUGCUCACCAAGAAACGCGUUGACCUAAACCAAAUCAACUUCUCAAACCCUAACCCUAACAACUUCAACCAAAUUGUUGAUAACGAAGCUGGUAAGAUGAAAAUGGAUGGUUUGGAGAAUGGGAAUAAUGGGAUAAUGAAGCUAUGGGACAUGGGUCAUGGAUUCUCUUAUGGUUCUUCUUCGUCGUCGUUUGGAAAUGAUGAAAGGAAUGAUGGAUCUGCGUCUCCUGCGGUUGCGGCGUGGAGGGGUCACGGUGGAAUACGUACGGCAGUGGCUGAAACCGCCGCAGCGGAGGAGGAGGAGGAGAGGAGGAAGUUGAAAGGAGAAGUGAUGGAUCAAGAGGAGAUUGUAUCUGAAGGAGGAAGAGGAGAUGGUAUGAUGGUGAUGAGGAGCCAUCAUCAUCAUCAACAACAACAUCAACAUCAUGUAUUUAAUGUGGAUAAUGUCUUGUGGGAUUUACAAGCUGAUGAUCUCGUCAAUCAUAUGGUUUGA